AUGACCAGACACAACUCGAGUCAUUUGCAUUUGGGCUCCACCAAUAAUCCUCGUUCUUCACACAAUCAUCCCAAGACCUCUCGAAAGAAUUCUUCAAGACUGAAAUCAAUGGCACCCACACAACCUAUGAACAGCACUCACUCGAAUGCAUCCUUCAACUUUAUUCAAGUCUCUUUUCAUAAUGUUGGACAACAAGUACCAACUCAAGCAAAACCAUCAAGAGCAGUGCUGAACACAGUCCUACCUUUGAAAUCAAAUAUCAAUGAAACCAAUGUUUUCCAAAUGGAAUAUCAACAAGAGGACGUAAAGUAUGGAAGUAAGGUUCCUCUCUAUCAUUGGAAGUUAAGCAACAAUCCAAAGAGAAAGUACAGACGAAAAGAGGAUACAGCAAGAUCCACAGCGCUCUUGGAAGCAACUCCUAAAGCAAUGGAUCGUGCUUCCCAGUGCCCUCAUCUCCCCAGCCAAUUGUUGAUCAAAGAAGAUUCAACAAAUGCCUCAGAGUGCAGGGAAGAGAUAUCAUCUUGCACCUCCUCUCAAACAAGCAGCCUCAGUAUCUGUUCUUCUGCAUCUUCAUCGAGUCCUCCAGUUUCUCCCUCCUCUACAAUUCCUCGUAUUCCAAGAACUCAAAUACGAAUUGAAGACUUGCUCAACCCUUUGAAUUAA